AGGCCGGCGGUCGUGCGGUGCCUCAGCCUUUGUUCCCCGCUCGGCCCGGCGCCGCCCUGGCGUCGUCCACGUCCUCGCCGCCGCCGCCCGCUCGCGGCCGGGCCCUGCCCCCUACGGCCACCCGGGUGGAGGUGGAGGGCGAGGCCAUGGACGCGGAGCUGGCCGUGGCGCCGCCCGGCUGCUCGCACUUGAGCAGCUUCAAGGUGGACAACUGGAAGCAGAACCUGCGCGCCAUCUACCAGUGCUUCGUGUGGAGCGGCACCGCCGAGGCCCGCAAGCGCAAGGCCAAGUCAUGCGUCUGUCACGUCUGUGGUGUCCAUUUGAACAGGCUCCACUCCUGCCUCUAUUGUGUCUUCUUUGGCUGCUUCACAAAGAAACAUAUUCAUGAACAUGCAAAGUCGAAACGACACAACCUGGCCAUAGACCUCAUGCAUGGAGGCAUUUACUGCUUUUUGUGUCAGGACUACAUAUAUGACAAAGACAUGGAGAUCAUUGCCAAAGAGGAACAACGGAAAGCGUGGAAAAUGCAAGGUGUUGGGGAGAAGUUUUCCACUUGGGAACCAACCAAGCGAGAGCUUGAACUGCUGAAGCACAACCCAAAGCGAAGAAAGAUCACCUCCAACUGCACCAUAGGCCUGCGAGGACUGAUCAACCUCGGGAACACAUGCUUCAUGAACUGCAUUGUGCAGGCGCUCACCCACACGCCACUCCUGCGAGACUUCUUCCUCUCGGACCGACACAAGUGUGAGAUGCAGAGCCCCAGCUCUUGUCUGGUCUGCGAGAUGUCCUCGCUCUUCCAGGAGUUUUACUCUGGGCACCGGUCCCCCCACAUUCCAUACAAACUACUGCAUCUGGUGUGGACUCACGCGCGCCACCUGGCAGGGUACGAGCAGCAGGACGCCCACGAGUUCCUGAUUGCCGCUCUGGACGUCCUCCACAGGCACUGCAAAGGUGAUGAUAAUGGGAAGAAGGCCAACAACCCCAACCACUGCAACUGCAUCAUCGACCAGAUCUUUACAGGUGGGCUGCAGUCGGACGUCACCUGCCAGGUCUGCCAUGGGGUCUCCACCACCAUAGACCCGUUCUGGGACAUCAGCUUGGAUCUUCCUGGCUCCUCCACACCGUUCUGGCCCCUGAGCCCGGGCAGUGAGGGCAGCAUGGUGAAUGGGGAAAGCCACGCUUCUGGGACCACCACGCUGACAGACUGCCUGCGGAGAUUUACCAGACCAGAGCACUUAGGAAGCAGUGCCAAAAUCAAAUGUAGUGGUUGCCAUAGCUACCAGGAAUCCACCAAGCAGCUCACCAUGAAGAAAUUGCCCAUUGUUGCCUGUUUCCAUCUUAAACGGUUUGAACACUCGGCCAAGCUGAGAAGAAAGAUUACCACAUAUGUGUCCUUCCCCCUGGAGUUGGAUAUGACCCCCUUCAUGGCCUCAAGCAAAGAGAGCAGGAUGAACGGGCAGUACCAGCAGCCGACGGACAGUCUGAACAACGACAACAAAUACUCCUUGUUCGCAGUUGUUAACCACCAGGGCACCUUGGAGAGUGGCCACUACACCAGCUUCAUCCGGCAGCACAAGGACCAGUGGUUCAAGUGUGACGAUGCCAUCAUCACCAAAGCCAGCAUCAAGGACGUGCUAGACAGCGAGGGGUACUUGCUCUUCUACCACAAGCAGUUCCUGGAGUAUGAGUAGCCCCUGCAGCAGCUGGCCAGAAGGAUGGGAGUGAGCUGGCAAGCCUCUCCCCGACACACCCCACCCACUCCGGAGCCAGCACCCUGCCUGGGCCCAGGCUGGGGAGCAUUGAGGCCCAGCAUGCAAGCAGCUUACACCGAGCGGCUCUGCGGUCAGAGACGGGCUCAGAAAAUGGCACAAAAGAGAAAAUUCAGUGCAGGGUGUGCUCCUGAGUGGGGAGGAACAGGACGCUGAGCACUAGUGUCCCGUAC